AUGUCGCGCUAUUCUCGGUGUGCAGCAGCAGCUCUAGCUGUCUGCUGCCUAGCCUCUGCUCAGACCACAGCAACAGCUGUCGCUUCCUUCACACCCACAUCAUCAGCGCAAACCUCAGCCCCAACCUCAAACCUUCCAGCUUUCGAAAUCGACAUCUUGUUUCCUCGCAGAAAUGAAACAUACAACUUCACCUCCUCAUUGCCCAUCGUGUUCGCCUUCCAGAACCUUACUGCGGCUGCUGAACUCGGUUCCUUCAAAUUCACAUGGGAUAUCAUGCCGUGGAACAGCAUCGAGAAUCCUAUCCCAGGAGGCGUGAUUGAGGAUUUAUGGGACAGGGAAUUUACCUCGCAAAAUGUAUCCACGUUCACCAACACCGAUGGAUCACCGUACAUUUUGGUCAACUACACUAAUCCAAAGGAAUGGGAUCAUCCACCAAACUAUGGAGGCACUGCAUAUGCAUUGCAGUGGUAUAUCCAAUGGCAUGAUAUCGAUGCCCAGUGCGACCACCCCAGACCUGUCAUAACUUCAACUCGAGAAGUACUUUUUACCCUUUGGCCCGUAUCAUCCAUAUCGCCCGGUGAUUGGAGUGCCCCUAAUCCAAACACGCUCGGAAAUGUCACAGACAAUUGCGCGCAAUUGGGCACUUUCGCCAGGGUCCACGCGAGCGAUUCGGACGUCUGUUCACUGGGUCAGCUACAGUUAGGAGACAACGGGGAUCCAUGCGCCAUCAAGCCUGAUGGAGCCAUGGUCAGCAGCAUAUCUAGCGUCGUAGAAAGUCUGUCUGCUUCACAGAGUCUCGCUACUGCAGCCCCAACGACUACUGAGUCUCCUGCCUCGUCGAACGCUGCCGUCGCAACAGGUGCGUCGGUACAGCCAGCACUCGCUGCAGCCUUGGUACUUGGUGGAUGGGAAUUGUGGUCGCGGUAA